ACGGUUUGGUUGUGUUAAUUGGUGAGUGAGCAGUGGGUAAACACCAAGUCUUCCUUAUCAACCUGUUUUUCACAGAGAAAUCAAAAACCAAAUCUAGGUGAAAAUUGCAAAGAUUAUUAUGAACAGCGUUAAUUCGUGAUGCUAAGCGAUCCGACUGAAGGUCAUUUGUUUUGUUGUCUGUUGCUUACUCCUGUCAUAUAUGUUAAAAAAUUCCGUCGGAACAUAUGUAUUAUGGCUUACGUGCAUAUAUAUCAUAUAUACAUAUACUUUGCUGCCAGUUAAUUAAUCUGUAGUUAAAACAGCUGCUAAUAAGCAGCUGCAAUGUGCCCGAAGAAAAUGCUAGCUGGGUUAGACUGACAAAUUUUGACACUUCAAAUGCUUUUCUCUUGAAAAACAUGUUUUUUAUGGAAACUCAAACGUGGACAAAUUUACAAGCUGUGAUCAUAGCUAGCAAUGACUUGGGGCACAUCACAGGACGUUAAUAUUCGGGGUUCGCUCAGGGGCCUUAUCAGACGUUCGGUGGUGCGCCCGAAAAAAUGCUAGCUGGGGAAAUGCUUCUAAAUGUUUAAUAUUUUCCAGGAUGUUCUUCAUGUAGUUUUGAAUCCAUGAAUAAGUUGGAUGAAUAUUCAUCGAAAUCAAUAACGUGCUCACUUAAUAAGGACCUUGGGACGCACCAUUCUUCGUGGUGACUAUCUUUGAUGAAAUUUCGUGUUGAUUCUCACAUAUGUAUGUCACUGCUUAUUAUCAUCUGCUGAUUUGUCAUUGUUUCUUAUCUAUAGCUAAAUGAUAUGUACUCUGGAGUUAGAUAUGGUGAUGCGUAGUUCAGUUGUGUUCUCUGAGGUGGAUGGUCUAUUUGCUAAGCUUUCAUUGUCUUUCUAGACAUCUUCGGAGCAUACUCCAGCUAUCCAGCUUAGGGAACAUCGCCACGCCAAUGUAUUUAGGAGUAUUUCUAAGAACAACCAAAUUCGACUUGACUGAGUGUUGCUGGUGUAUGGAUUGUAAUUACCAAUAUGUAAUUUCUUAUGUCCUACUUGACUUGGCGUUGUAAUGAAAUGAAGUCUUCGUUCAAUGCUUUUCCAAAAUGUGGAGCCAGAAGGUAGACAUUAAUUCCACUCGGGGUGACGUAUUAAAUUACUUAUGUAAUCCUGAUUGCAUCACGCUGUGGCUAUUCCUUAGUUUUGAGUCUCAAAUGUACCUCAGUCGGCGAUUGUUCGUUUCGUACUGACUGAUCCAGAGAUAUAUGAUAUACAACUAAGGAUUCCAGAAUGAUGUCAACUGUUGUCCUGAAAAUCCACAAUUUAGGGGGUUGAAAUUUUUAGAGCAGGGUAAGGCUUUGGAGACGUGGAUGGGCACAUGCAUAAAGUGUGGUUAAUUACUCUGUUGACACCGUUCCAAAACUGAUGGGCGUUUUCGCCACACAUCAGAGAAGGGUAUCUUGUGUUGCGCUCAUACCUUUUAAUUCGUUAAUUUCACCAAUACAUGUAUUUUAUACACUAAAAUAACCUUUAUCAUAUGGCUGAUGCUCCCAAGGUCAUUUGCCUCUUGGCACUUACUGUUACUUAAAUUUUAACUUCGCCCUUUCCAGGAUCUUACCUAUUUGUUUGAGAUGCAUGGCUGUUAGCAAAGUUACUCAGUGUGUCAUAAUGACUAUUAUUGAUGUCGUAUCCAAGUGUAUCGCAUUUCUGUCAUAUGUUUUUCUUGCAAUUGCCUCUAUAGUGUUCAUUUCUGUUGGUGGGGGCAUACUUGCGUUUAUUGCCCGUUACAAACAUGCACUGGUUGAAACAAACGUUUCAUUUCCUGCCUAUAUUCUUCUCGGCACAGGUAUACUGCUUAUAUUAGCAGGUGCUGCUGGUGUACUUGCUUGUAUAAAGCAUAGUCGCUGCUUACUUGUGUUUUUCUACAGCCUGUUGCUCCUCAUUUUACUUUGUGAACUAGCCGUUGUUAUAGUCUCCAUAUUUUACUGGCCAAAGGUUAGCAGACAGGUAUCUCAGAUGCUUGAAGAGCAGCUGAAUAUAUAUGACAAACUUGAUGUACCUGAUCGUGUUGUAGACAUCAUUCAGUCAAACUUGCAUUGUUGUGGGGUGAAUAAUUGGUCUGACUGGGAAUCUACUAAUUUCUACAAAGCUACCAAGAAUUAUCCUCAGAGUUGUUAUGAAGAUCCUAAUAAUAAAGAAACCGAACUUUAUCAAACUGGCUGUGUUGUCGCUUUGGGAAGUGAAGUCCAAAGACACUUAGCGUAUAUCAUUGGAUCCGGAUGCAUCUUUUUCCUUUUACAGCUUCUCAGCUUGCACAGCACAUGUAUUGUGGUCUGUCGAUCACGAGCAAUCCAUCUUUGGCGUAA